AAGCGGAUGUCAGCCAUUCAGAAAAUCCAUCAUUUGCCACAAACACGCGAAGCUUCUAAUCUCACAUUGAGUUCUGCACAAGCAAGAUGCAUAGGUGGGCUUCGCUCUUCGGAUUUUUAGUUCUCUGUACAGCGAUCCAGGGCAAGGCUGUUGAUGAGAAAUGGCAGAAAUUGGGAGAAAAAUAUCGCAAGGAAUGCACUGCUGAACUGGAGGUUCCUCCAGAUGAAGUGAUUACGCCGAAUGACACCAUGGCAAAGACAAAAUUGGAAGAGUUUACACCAAAGCAAAGGUGUCUCAUCAAAUGCGUUGCUGAAAAGUUCACAGGAGUUAGUUUUGACGAUUUGGAUGAAUAUAACAAGAAGAGUCAUGAGCUACUCGAAGAAUUUUCGGAUGGUCUUCCGAAAAAGAAAUUGGACACUUACAGGGAGGCCAUUGAAAAGUGCAAAGGCACAAGAGGAGCAAACAAUUGCGACUCAGUGGUUCUCAUUCAUCUGUGUGAAAAAGCGAUAAUUUCGAAAUACGAUUUCAGCUCGGACGAAGACUAGAACACAUUUCAAACUACUAAAAUUCUGUCAAAAUAUUUCUCAUUUGAAAUAAUUCUUCUGUAUAUUAUGUUUCUAAUUGGCCAGCAAUAAAUAGAAAU